AUGAUUGAUUUAAAAAAUUUAAAAUGUGAUAUUAAAAGUCCUAUUCAAGAUUCUGUAAUAACUAUUAUUACUGAACGAUUUGAUCAUAUGCAAAAUUCUAUAAUGCAAUUAGCAUAUCUUCUUGAUGGCCGUUUUUAUCCACAUCAGCAUUUUUGUCCUAUAGCUUAUACAUUAACUCAACUUUUUCAAGAAGUUAUGCCAUAUAUUAGUAAUUUUGUUUCUAAGUCUGAAAAAGAAAUACAUGCUGGAUUAUAUAGAGAAUAUGGAGAACUUGUAACUCUUCUUGAUACUAAUAUUAUAUUACAAGAAGCUGCAAAAGAAUUGCAUCCUCGUAAAUGGUGGAAGGAUAGUGAAGCUAAUUGGGAAGAUUCUGAUAAAGUUUUUUAUGAUAGUGAAUAG